AUGGAAUCCAUAUACGAAUACCACAUCUGCAGGGAAGAGCAAGAGCAAGACGACGGCAAUCACAUACAACUCCCCUGCGAUUGUUUCCUCAUCCACCUGUACUUCCGCCAUGUGCUCCAAGUGGAUUACCCACAACGCGCUGUCAUCCCCAUGGCCUCCUUUUGCCAGCCAUUCCUGGUACCAUGCGACGCCUUCUUUGCUCUCGGCCCGACAAUCUUGCACGACAUGUUCUCCGAAACGGGGGUGUCUCAGGACUUCUUGGAAGCGGCUACGCCUCACAUACUGUCCUUUGCCUUGGACAUGGUUGAGGAGGGCACAACCCGUAGCGCCGGGGGUGCCUUGUUGCCUGUGGCUUUGGUGGUUCUGGUUGCGACACCCUAUGACGACCGCGACGAGAUCGAGAGGGCAAUAAGGGAAUCGACGGAAGAAGCCCGGAGUGUGAUUGUGACAGUGCCAGCGACUAAGUCGUCCAUUGAUGAGGCGUUGAGGAAUGUGAGAAUUGACGACGGUUCUUGUCCGACGAGAGAAUGUAGCAUUUGCUUGGAAGAGUUCUGUAAUGGGUUGGAGCCGGAGGUUGUCUGCAUGCCUUGCUCCCAUGUUUAUCAUAGGAGUUGUAUUGUCCGGUGGCUGCAGACGAGUCAUUUGUGUCCGAUGUGUCGCUUUCCGAUGCCAACUUGA